AUCUAUCUAUCUAUCUAUCUAUCUAUCUAUCUAUCUAUCUAUCUAUCGUUCGAAAGCGUGUUUCCCUCAUUCUGCUGUGUCCUCUGUCAGGUGGAGCUUCUUCAGGAGAAGGCCCUGCUGAGGCAGCGGGACAGCCAGACGGACGGCCUACUGCUUGCCUCCCUGCAGAAGCAGGUCCGGCCCCUGGUCCAGGAGAGCAGCAGCAAUAGCCGCACGCUGUCCGCCGCUCAGAGGACUCUGAGCAGACAGGAGGACAUCCUGUCCUCAGUGCAGCUGGACGUCCAGCAGGUGUCCACAGGCCUGGCUCCUGGUGUGGGGGACCUAGAGCAGCUCAGAAAGUCCCUGGAUGCGGUGAUGCAGGAAGUGUUGGCGGCCGAGGCCCUCAGAGAGCACAUAGGAUCUUUAGAGGACAACCUGAAGCGUCACUCGGAUCUCCUAGAUCUUCACGCCACUCAGCUCAAUCUCAACAAGCAGCACCUACAAGAGCUGGAGGUGACUUCUUACGACGGGAAGCUCAUCUGGAAGAUCGAGGACUUCAGGAAACGGAGGGAAGCGGAAACCAGGGGCCAGCCGCCGUGCCUGAGCAGCGUGCCCUUCCACACCGGACGCUGCGGCUACAAAAUGGCCGUCAAGGCCUACCUGAACGGGGACGGGGAGGGGCGGGGAUCUCACCUGUCCCUGUACGUGGUUCUCAUGCCGGGAGACUUUGACGCGCUGCUGCCCUGGCCUUUCAGGCAAACCGUGUCUCUGUCCGUUCUGGAUCAGAGCGGGGCCAGAAACCACCAGAGCCUCAGCUUCAGGCCCGACCCGGCCAACAAGUGCUUCCAGCAGCCCACCCCCGGGGCCGCCAGCAACGUGGCGGUCGGGUUCCCAUGCUUCGUUCCCUUCAGCGUCCUGGAGAAUCCCCAAAAUGCGGCGUACCUCAAAGACGACACCCUGUUUGUCAAAGCGAAAGUGGACACAGCAGGCUUAGAACAGCUGUAA